AAUUAUCCUGAGGACGAAUGCAGGAAACAAAGAGGAUGCAAUAUUAUGGAAGGAUAUCUAUUGCCAGAGACACGACUACUAUUUUACCUGCAAGAAAAGCUACUCAGCAGCUAGAAUAAUUUUCCAUGGAGUGUAUCAGUGUGUUUAUGGAGAUAGACAGCACGAGGAAAGCAAGAAAACAUUCACAAAGUGCCCUGUAAUGAUGGAUAUGAAGAUCAAAAUACCCACGAAAGACACCAUUAGAAACGAUCCACAUAUAAGGACUCACCCUUGCUUCAUCACAAUUAAGGGUGAUCACAACCACCACACUGUGCUUGAUGAACUUAGAGUUAUCAAAGCAGUUAAAAAAGAGUUUUUCAAGUACUUUGACUUGGGCAUGACAGCUGCUCAAGUUUCAAGAUUUCAUGAGGACAAGACAAAUCUACGUCUUGCAGACAUGGGAUAUGGUGCCAUAAAUCCAACUAGUAGAGCAAUGUCUUUUGUAUACAAUCUGUGGUUAAAAGAAAGGUGUGAUAACAUUGAUGACCUGAGCAUGCAUUCUGUAAUUAGAAAAUAUGCAAAGGAAAACCCAUCUUCAACAAUUGAACUUGAGGUCAGUGAAAAUGGAUUCACAGCUGUUUUGAUAACAGAUUUCAUGCGUCGAGUGCAUAGAGAGUUCAAGGAAGCAGGUGAUGUGGUGUUUGUAGACACAACCUGCCAUGUAAAUGAAGUAAACACUGCUGUGACAUGUCUUCUUUGUGCUGGACCUGCUGGUGCUGCUCCCUUGGGUGUAAUUUUUACAUCCUCCCAAGAAGAAGAAAGUUAUACAACAGGAUUUUACAUGCUGAAGAAGUUGUUGGGCAAGGCUGCUUUUUAUUGGCAAGAAUAUCCACAUUGCUUCCGAACCAACAGAAUCAAAUCAGAACAAAAAGCACUAAAGGCCGUUUGGCCAGAAUCUCAGGUUUCCAUUAGCAACUACCAUGUCCUUCAGCAGGUUUGGCAAUGCCUCUGUGAUGAGUCCUAUGAAGUCAAGAAGGAGCAUCAUCCCCGGCUGAUGAAUAUUGCACAACAAUUGUUAUGCUCAGAUUCUCCUGAUCAGUUUGAAUACCUCUGGGAAUCUUUUUCCCAGAGUACAGAGUUCCAGCAGUAUGUCAAAUACAACAGUUAUCUCACAAAUCUGGUGGAGAGGAAACAAGAAUGGAGUAUAGCCUAUGGGAAACGAAAAUUACUACUUGACCAACAUACAAACAACAUUGCUGAGUCCACUAUGUGCAUCAUUAAAGAUAUUAUCCACAACAGGUGCAUAUCAUACACAACAAGCCAUCUGAUUAUCUUUAUGAAUGAAAUUUAUGAUGGUUACAUGAGGCAGUCCCUCUUUGAUGUGGCUCUUUCCCAAAUGAGAACCAGCCCAAUAAUCAGGAGAUCUAGUGGAGUUGGUAACUGUACAGAAGCUGAUAGAUGCAAGUUUACUGUGAAGAGUGUUUGCAAUAAAGAUGUUCAAUAUAAUGUAGACCUUACCAGUGGUACUUGUAACUGUGCAAAAGGACAGAGUGGAGAUGCAUGCAAGCAUCUGAUAAAUUGUUGUGAAGCUUAUCUGCAGCAGCUACCACAGGACUUCAGAAGUACUCCAGAAAAUCGACAGUGGCUUGCUAGUGUAGCAGUUGGCAAGAAACAAUUGUCAUCAUUGAAGGAUUUUGCUGACAUGCAGAAAGUUGCUCCUGAUGGUUCUGUCAUUGCUUCUUGGUGUGAAGGGUUCGAGGGAUUUCCAGAAGCUAAAGCAAAUCUAAAAUCAAAACAGAUUUCACGCAAAAGCAAAAACAAUUUUAGGAAAGCAUUAGAAGGUAUUAAAGAUUUGCAGGAUGUCUUGUUCCAGGCAAUCAAUCAGUAUGGAGAUGAAGACACUUCAGAGGCAGUGGAUGCAAUGAAAAGAAGGUUAGAGUCAAUCAGAUCAACCACUCAGCUCAAUAAGUUCCUGUCUCAAAAUGGCAUAAUUGAGGGGGCUGGAUAAGAAUGAAUGCAAAUGCUGCAUGACUGACAGGCAUGGCAAUUGGAGAUGCUUUCACUCAAAAAGUAGAAUGGAAAUCUACUUAGUUAAAAGAAAUGAAAUUUAGUUUUGGUCUUUCUGACUGUAUAUAUAAGUGGAAUAUGCUUAUAGCAGUAUGUAUAGAAAUAGAUAAAGCAUUUUGAAAACUAGUUAAAGAUAUGACAGUAGCAACGAUGUUCCUAAAUCAUUCUGCAGAUACUUAGUACAAGAAAAGCAGAGCUCCUCUAAACAUGCACUGAAUAGGAGUACAGCUGUGAUACUUUUUUUUAUUAUUAGAACUCAUGAUAAGGUAUUUAAGGAAUUUUGAUUAUUCAGUUAUAACUUUGUAAUGUAUAAGAGUGGAUGAAUGUGUGUGUGUGUGUGUGUGCAUGCGUGCGUCGUGCAUAUGUGUGCCUGUAUGUAUUUAUGAUUUAUGUUUGUAUAUAUAUAUAUGUGUAUGUAUGC